AUGGAUGGGGAAGACACGCAUUUUGUGAUUGUUGCAAUCACGGCGAAUCGAAUAGCAGCACCAUCAUCGGCUGGCGUCGCCGGCAAAUCCAAGUACAGAUAUGACGUUUGCCUCAGUUUCAGAGGCGAAGAUACUAGCCACUCCUACACUGUUCAUCUCCACGAUGCUCUGUGCCGGAAGGGAAUCAAUGCCUUCAUUGACGACGAGAAGCUUGGCAAAGGGGAGCGGAUCUCACCUACGCUUCUUAAGGCCAUUGAGAAAUCCAGAAUCUCGAUUAUUGUGUUCUCUAAGAAUUAUGCGACUUCCACAUGGUGCCUCGAUGAACUCGUCCGCAUCAUUCAGUGUAAGAAGGAGAAGAACCAACUGGUUAUGCCUUUGUUUUACAAUGUCGAUCCGAUGGAUGUUCAGAAUCAGAGGAACAGCUUCGGAGAUGCCAUGGCUGCUCUGGAAGAUAGGCUCAGAGAUGACUGGAAGAAAGUGCGAAAAUGGAGAUCUGCUUUGUCUGAAGCUGCUAGUUUGUCAUCAGCAUGGCUUUUGGAAGAUGGAUAUGGAUGUGGGUUUAUUGAAAAGAUUGUUGAAGACGUAUAUGCCAUGUUACCUCCUAAAUGCUUGCAUUGCCGUGAGUACAUGGUUGGACUUGAGCCUCGCAUAGAAAUGAUGAAGUCACUUUUGGAUCAUUCUAAUGAUGGCAUUUGUAUGCUGGGGAUUUAUGGAACUGGUGGAAUUGAAAAAACAACCCUUGCAGAUCGGCUUUGUGGCAUCGUUCAUCUUUGGCAAACGCUGCUAACAGAGAUUCUUGAGGAAAAGAACACAAGAUUUGGCAGUGUUGAUAAAGGAAUAUCUAGAAUAAAACACAGACUCUCUCACAAGAGUUCUAUUGGUUCUUGA